AUCCAUUCGAAAUUCGAUCACUAUGCAUCCUCCUCAAAAAAGAGUGCAAAAUGACGGGGAGUCCCCUCAACAUAAUAACCAGCAACCCGACAGCUAGCCUCUUUUGAACAACUUAGUAGACUUCAACUUAGAAAACUAAUUCGGAUUUCCAAUAUCGCUUUCGUGUAUUGAAUCUAGCCCUGCACAUCCGUCGAAAAGUGUUCUUUACUUUGCAUCAUCUGCAUCAAUUUGAAUUUGCAACCACGACCACGCUACAGACAUAUUUUGACUUCCUGCAUAUUCUGCUUCAAAUUUCGCACUUACCAUAUCUUUUCCGUCGACGUCCUCAGUUUUUUGCUACUGGAAGACAAACCUGCAUAAGUACUCACGUUCUGUUGUUCCUCACUCACAAAAAAGCACGCACGAUAAAAUGACUGUGUUGUCGAAGAUGCUUGCUCACACCGCGGUCGCGGUGACUUUGUCCCGUGCCGUCUCGUUGCGAUCUGGUACGCAGACCCCCCCGCCGCACGGAAAUAAUAACGCCGCUGCGGCCAGUACGGGUACGACUCCAAGCACUCCCGGCACGAACCUCUCGGGCUCGGAAACGCACGACAUCUGGGGGGACAAUCCUCUGUCGGAGACUGACAGAGCCUUGCUGCUAUGGAACCUGAUGCGCAUGCAUGGGCGAGAAGUAGAACCUGAAAACAACUAUGUUGCCCCGCCACCACCCGAAAAUGGUACAACCGGAGGAGCUGCUCCCAGCAAUCUUCCGGAGGGCCUCGGUCCCAUGACCGCCGCGGACAUCCAAAAUUUGGUGCGCAACGUACAGCCCACGAACAAUUUCAAUGGCCUGUACAACACCAUCACCGACGUGCCGCCGCGCCCCGUGAUGGACGCCGCAACUUCGCUCGUGAGUCAGCAACAGAAUUAUGGCGCUUACAUUCCGCCCGUCGUCCCCGCGAACCUGCUGCAACCGCAGCCGCAGCGUAUUCUCGGACCGUCGAACCUAACCGACCAACCGCAGAACUACGGUGCUUACAUACCACCAAUCGUCGCGGAGCCGGAGUUGCAACAGCCGCAACCACGCCGCAUCUUGCAGUUUUUGCCCGAGUCUCCAGAGGACACCAACCUGGAGCAGACGCCGCAAUCCAUGGUGCGGUAUGUCAAUCCCGCCUUCCAGGCAGUUUACGGAGAGGAGUUGGAAAGGCCUCAAGCGGACCUCAUCGCCGCAAGAGAGCGGGAACAGGCCGAACACUUGUUCGAGACCCCACUGCGGAACGCAAAUCCUGGGCCGGGCCGGUGGGCGCAGGACCAGAAUGGUCGGGUGGGCGACACCCCGUGGGCGCUCUUGGGCGUGAACGAGGACCGGAUGCGGCGGUUCAGGGAGCGAGAGGCGAGGCGGCAGGACCUUAUGCAAAAUGGGCGCGAUGAAGGUGUGGUCCGGAGCCUCUUCGGCGCGGGUGCUGGGACGGAAGAGGAACUACCUGUUCCGGUUGUGGAUCAUGCGGUCGAGGAAAAUGACGACAAUCUCUCGGUCGCGACCCUGUUGUCUCCCCGCGGUCUGAAUGGUGCGGAACAUGGCCACGUCAACAGUCCGGCUACUUCGGAAGCAACGUUUGCCGUGCCAGUUGCCGGGUCGCCGCAGUCUAUGGCCGCCGGGUCGCCGCAGUCUAUCGCGUCCAUGGUGGAAUACCCGGCUGCUCGCCCAGAUUCUCGUCCUCCGUCCCCUUCCCGUCUUACCAGGCGAAACGUUGCGCUCUACCUCGAGGACAAUACCAACCUUGCCUCCCGUGCGGAAAGCGGCGUUGGCAGCGUCCCGCAGACUCCGUCCGCCAAACGCGCGCAUGGCCGCGCCGCGCGUCGCAGCAGAACAAGCUUGAGUAAGAGACGAGGUGCGACGUCGUCACGGUCCUCGUCCUCCGGCCGCACGCCCCGCAGCAGAAGCGUAACGCCGCUGGGUGCGUCUGCCCCGUCCGAGCAAAUCGCUGAGGUCGCCAGUCCGAUGCGUCGUGGCGUUCUGCGUCGGGGACAGGAGGUACGUGUCAAUCCGCCAGAGAACUCAGGCAAGGCCACCAGAGAUAUCAGUGCGAGCGCCGCUACCUUGAUGCAUUCGACCGCAACUUCUAAUCAGUUCGCGUCGACUCUCAACACCUUGAGCGCCUCGCAGCCGGCUUCCUAUUCCACUCGCCCCAAUCUGGUGAAGACCCCGGGGGGCAAAAUCUGGGAGAAGCUGGGGCCCAAACCAGGACACGGUUACAGGCUGAAAUACAUUCCCGCCCAAAAAAAGUUGUAGGUGCGUUAUGUUGUUGAGUAGAAAUCGAAGUUUGAGAACAAAGUCAAAAUUUGGUCUAGUAGCUGCUCUUUGUAGUAGCCAUUUCAUAAUAUCUACCUGGCUUCGCGCUAGAGAAUAAGUUAAAGAAUUAAGUCUAUGAUGCUUCUAUCGCUACGGCUGCGUAGGUCAAUUAAACGUAAACCAGUAUGGUGUUGCAAGCUAAUUAAAACUUGAUGUAAGAUACGGCUGCUGUUGCUGAGCCAUUUGUUGUACUCGUCUAUCUUUUUUCUGCAUUCCCCUGCCUUGGACUUACAAAUUAGUAGCAACAGUACCGUCAUGUGACUUCUAUCUUCCAGACAAAACGAAGUCGCUCGUCUUGAAACUCCAAUGCACAAAUUCUAUAGCCAUUUUUAGCACCGCUCUAGUUUUUCUUUUCUGAAAACCAUGCAGAGUUUUUGCGCAAGGUAAGUAGCGGAUUCCUUGCAUUCCUUCGUAUCUUUCUCAGACAGCAAUCUUUCAGCUUAGACAUUGCAAUACGAGAUUGUAGUUCCCUAACAUGAGUAGAGACGAUGACGAAGAAAUUCAAAAUGAAUACAAAAACGCAUGCAG